AUGUGUCUGUUGUUUUCGAGUGUGUGUAUACUAUCCAACAGAAACAAGAAAUUAGUGCGCUCAAGAAGACUCUCCGAGGCAGACACUAGUGAUGAAAGUGAUCAGGGCGGGACAAUCCUAGCCACGCCUAUUCACCCGGCAUGGAGCCGGAGUAUGCCUGAGGGCGCACAAGCGCAGCAAACUCCUAAGUCUAAGUGGAAAAGAGCGUCAGUUCGAGCAGUGGAAUUACAGGAAUCACGAAAACAGUUACAGAACAAACCAGUGAGUAAUGGCGCUGCUGCAUGUGACACAGUACAAUCCUCGUUAAGUGUACAGUCUAACCCCGAAAUACACAGUGACCCCUGCCUGUCCAAUGAUCACCAAGGCAGUAAUAAUGUGAAACGUUUAUCUGAUUUUGUAUCAACUAACACCCAUCAGGGCAGAGAAUCCUCUAAAGAUGGGUCAGAAUCUGAAAGUAUCCCCAGUAUACCGUCCUCAACCCACUCGUCUCUCCUCGUUGAUAUGGGAAAGGUUGUGGGUGUAUUGCGGUCCUAUCCUCCACAAGAAAGUGAUAACUCAUAUUCAGAUUAUGAUUUAAAGGAGACCAGUGAGGUCUGCGCCAGCUGUCAGGUUGAAGCUAAGGGUGACCUCGAGGCCGAGGUAGAAUUUGAGGCUGACGAAGAAAUAUUUGGAGAUCCUCUUGUUUACGCCACAUUUGUAGCUCCUGUACAGUGCAGUACAGAUUCAUCUAGACAACCCUCCUUCAAUUCAAGCCAAUUAUCCUCAAACUCCAGGCAGCCAUCUGUUAAUUCUAGACAGCCGUCUUUUAAUUCAAGUUCAAGACAGCCGUCAUUUAAACAAAACUCACCGGACGGAGAAAUAUUUACUGAGGCAUCAGGGUCUGUCGGUCAACCCACCAGCUUGAUUGUACCUGGACACUCCAAACCCACCCUGCCCGGUCACACCCUAGGUGUCCCUGGUCAGGUACGCCAGGUAACUGGACACCCUGGACACCAUCAUCCAGGUCUAAACCAUCAUACACCUGCUCAACACAUAAACCAUACUGGAGCUUUCAAACCAGAGGACCAGGGAGGAGCUGAGGCUGGUAUGGAUGGCUGGGAGGGAGUUCAGCAGCACAAUGAUUGCAUUAAUUGCGAUGGAACAGAGGGGUGGGCCACUGCUCCCGACGGAUGGGGAAACGCACCUGACGGGUGGGGAAAUGGGCCUGAUGAAUGGGCGCAUACCCCGGAUGGGUGGGGAACUGCCCCAGAUGGAUGGGGGAACACCCCGGAUCCUGAAUGUGUAACCACCCCAGAUGGAUGGGGGAACACCCCGGAUCCUGAAUGUGUAACCACCACUCUUCAGCUUAAUGAACAGCUGAGUGCAGAACGACUUUCCUUUAUUCACUCGCAGAGCAGUCAUGAGGAGGAUCAUGAUUAUGAUAGUUUUCCUCUCCCUGCCCCUCCCCCACCACCACAGCAGGUUCCCCUGCCCAUUCCGCCCCCGCCAAAGACUAGGGAGUCCACCCCGAUGGUUACGCCGACGAACCCCUCCUUGGUGGAGUUCAGACAACCCAGCUCUCAGAACUGGGGGAGUGGAGAAGAGAGUGAUGGAGAGCGUUCUAAUACAAUAAGGCAGAGAAAAUCCAAAAGAGAUCGGCACAAGACAACAAUUAUUGCAGAGCGAAGCUUUCAUGUUGGGAAGAAAAACAAAUCAAGGAGUAAGUCGAGGAGCCCAGGACGGGAGAUUGAUCGCGCGAUCGUGAUCGUGCAUCAUACAACGUGCACGCAUACCCGCAGUCGAGGGAAUUCUCCAGACAAUCUGUCCGAGUCCUCGAUAUCGUUCCAUGAGAACGAAGUUAUCAGUGAUUUAAGUACAAGUACAGUGCCUCGACUAGAGGGUGGUGUAUCCUCAGUAUCCUCUGUUUCCUCUGUACCCUCUGUACCUCCAGCAUGGUACGAGGGUCCACUGGAUCCCUGUGUUUCUGUAUCCAGGGAUACAGUGAGGGGAGGGGAGUCCAGGAGUUUACAUUACUCCAACUGGGAGUCCUGUAGGGAGUCCUGGUUUUCCUCGGGGAGUGAUUGUCCUAGACCAAGUUCAGGUAGUGAUUGUCCCCCCCAGCCUCCCAGGGAUAAGGAGCCCCCUCGGGUCCCUCCCCACCACCCAACCACCCUACCUCGGGCUGUUGCUCGGGGCGGAGCAGGGAGUAGUGUUGGAACAAUAAGGCAGAAUUCUCGUGAGAGUGGUUCAAGCUCUAGUAUACAGAGCUGUAGAGGAGGAGGAGGAGGAGGAGGAGGAGGAGGCGCCAAAUCUUAUCCCAGAUCUUUACCUAAAUCUGCAAAUAGGUCACACAGCCCUGGAGUACAGAAGUUAGGUGGUUCUAGUAAAAUUUUGAAUAAGUUUGACCCGUCCCGUGAUUCAACGCCUACAGAAUCUGGUGGUUCCAGUUUGCAUAGCGGACACAGCCUUCAACGAUUAGACCUGGACCAGGUUGUUGGGCUAGGAGACCUGGUUAGCUUAGAAUCUAUUACUGAAGAUAAUAUUAUAGAAAACCUUCAUACAAGAUUCAAACAUGAUCAGAUAUAUACCUGGGCUUCCACGGUUCUGCUUUCAAUUAAUUCAUAUAAGAAACUUUCAUUAUACACUCCUGAGGUGAUAGACGCGUACAGAACCCAACCUCUCAUACAACUCCCACCACACAUAUAUUCCUUGGCGGACCGGGCCUGGCACGCUCUGCGGGACAGAGGCGAGGACCAGGCCGUACUGCUGACGGGGGAAAGCGGUUCAGGGAAAACAGAAGCAGGAAAACUGGUUUUACAGUAUAUUGCUGCUGUUACACAUCAUUCAGCUGAGUUCCAUGAUAUCAAAUACCAACUUCUUCAAUCAAAUCCAGUUCUAGAGGGGUUUGGUAACGCUAAAACUCAACACAAUGAUAAUUCAUCGAGAUUUGGAAAGUACAUCGAGGUUUCAUUUGAUUUUAAAGGAGAUCCAACCGGUGGAAUUAUUACGAGCUAUUUAUUGGAGAAGACACGGGUAACAAGAUAUGGUAGAGAGGAGAGAAACUUUCAUAUCUUCUAUCAGUUGAUUUCUGGAGCAGAUAUACAUACCCUUAAAGACCUGAAACUCCAGAGAAACCUGGACUCAUAUAAUCUUCUAAGACCUCAGGAGAGAGGGGCUGGUCAGCUUCAUUCCGAAUCAUCAAAUACAAAAUCUCAUAAUACAGAUAGAAGAGAUUUCCAUAUUACAAAGAAAGCUCUGGAGGAUCUUGGAUUGAGUAAGGAUGAGAUGAUGAACAUCUUCAAGCUGGUGUCCAGCGUGCUCAAGCUCGGGAAUAUCAACUUCGUGCCCACCACUAAUAUGGACGGUACGGAGGGAUGCAGUAUAGGAAAUGAAUACGAGGUUUAUGAGGUGGCCGGACUAUUAGCUGGUAAUAUUGCUCUUCUAAAGUCGUCUUUGCUGACACGGACAACUAGUUUUAAUUCAGAUAUGGUGGUUAGCGAGGUUAACUCUGCCGAGGCUAGUGAUAUAAGAGAUAAAAUCUGUAGAACACUCUACACCAGACUCUUUACUUGGCUGGUUAACAGAAUAAAUACAGCUAUUAAGGUGAAGACCCAGAGGAAGCACAAGGUUCUGGGAAUCCUGGACAUCUACGGGUUCGAGGCCUUUGAGGAGAACGGGUUUGAGCAGUUCAUCAUCAACUUCGCCAACGAGAAGCUGCAGCAGAUUUUUAUUGAUUGGACCUUCAGGAGGGAGCAGGUGGAGAUCAUGUCCGAGGGAAUAGAGUGGAAGCAGAUUGGAUACUUUAGUAACUGUGUUAUCUGUACUUUGAUUGAAAGAACUAAUCAGGGUAUUUUAGCAAUACUUGAUCAAUCUUCAGCUAACCUAGGGUAAGCUAACCAUAUAUUAGAUCA